AUGGCUUCCCGAUUUGCGCUGGCCGUCAUCCUGGUGGCGCUGGCCGCCAUGGCCGCUGCAGCGUACGCUGGCGAUUUCUCCUUGGCGGUGGCGGAGCCCAAGGGCCACGGCGACCUGGUGGCGGACGCCCUCGACUUCGACCAGGAGAUGAUGAUGGAGUCGGAGAGCGCACGGCGGCAGCUCCGCCGCGGAGGGUACAUCAGCUACGGCGCCAUGGGGCGGAACAACGUGCCGUGCAAUCGGCGUGGACGGUCGUACUACAACUGCAAUGGCCACCAGCGGGCCAAUCCCUACCGGCGCGGCUGCACCAGGGCCACCAGGUGCGCCAGGAACAACCACUGA